GCUUUUUCCUGCGGCAAACUACCUGGCCGCCAUCUCCUCCGAUCCCUCGGCAUACGUCUCCAUCGGCCGGGCGACCGAGAUGGCGACGCCCUCCAGCAUGACGUCGACGGAGAAGGAGAAAGCCAUCGACGACUGGCUGCCCAUCACCUCGUCCAGGAACGCCAAAUGGUGGUACUCCGCCUUCCACAACGUCACGGCCAUGGUCGGCGCCGGCGUCCUCAGCCUGCCCUACGCAAUGUCCGAGCUCGGCUGGGGUCCCGGCGUGGUCGCCAUGGUCCUGUCUUGGGUGAUCACCCUGUACACGCUGUGGCAGAUGGUCGAGAUGCACGAGUGCGUCCCCGGGAAGCGUUUCGACCGCUACCACGAGCUGGGCCAGCACGCGUUCGGCGAUAAGCUGGGCCUCUGGAUCGUCGUCCCGCAGCAGCUCAUCGUCGAGAUCGGCGUCUGCAUCGUCUACAUGGUCACCGGCGGCAAGUCGUUCGAGAAGUGCUACACCGUCGCCUGCCCGGACUGCAAGCCGCUCCGCACCAGCUCGUGGAUCAUGGUCUUCGCCGCCAUCCACCUGCUGCUCUCGCAGCUGCCCAACUUCAACUCCAUCACGCUCGUCUCCCUCGCCGCCGCAGUCAUGUCGCUCACCUACUCGACGAUUGCAUGGGCGGCGUCGGCGCACAAGGGGCGGCACUCGGCCGUGGACUACAGCAUGAAGGCGUCGACGACGACGGGGCAGACGUUCAACUUCCUGAGCGCGCUCGGGGACGUGGCGUUCGCGUACGCGGGGCACAACGUGGUGCUGGAGAUCCAGGCCACCAUCCCGUCCACGCCAGACAAGCCGUCCAAGAAGCCCAUGUGGCAGGGCGUCGUCCUCGCCUACCUCGUCGUCGCCAUCUGCUACCUCCCGGUGGCGUUCGUCGGCUACUACGUCUUCGGCAACGCCGUCGACGACAACAUCCUCAUCACCCUCGAGAAGCCACGCUGGCUCAUCGCCGCCGCCAACAUCUUCGUCGUCGUGCACGUCAUCGGCAGCUACCAGAUCUACGCCAUGCCCGUGUUCGACAUGCUCGAGACGUUCCUGGUGAAGAAACUCCGGUUCAAGCCAGGCAUGCCUCUCCGUUUGAUAGCGCGCUCGCUCUAUGUUGUGCUGACAGCUCUGGUUGGCAUCGCCGUGCCGUUCUUCGGGGGGCUGCUAGGGUUCUUUGGUGGCUUCGCAUUUGCGCCGACAACCUACUACCUUCCGUGCAUUCUGUGGUUGAAGAUUAAGAAGCCAAAGAAGUUCAGCCUCUCUUGGUUCAUCAACUGGUUCUGCAUCAUAGUCGGCGUGCUCCUGACGGUGCUUGCGCCCAUUGGUGGCCUCCGGUCGAUCGUCGUCAACGCCUCCACCUACAAGUUCUUCUCGUGAUCGGGUUAUCCCCUCGCGCCCCAUGCAUUGCGGCGCCCCUAGGGAUAUUAGUUAGCUAGCUAGCAAGAUAAACAUUAGCAGGUAGCUAGGUUUAAACUUUUUUAUGCCAUAUAUGGUGUGUGUGAGUGUGUUUGGAACUUGGUUUAAUUUGUGCUAUCGCUAAGUCGUCGUCGUUCACUUUCUAAAGAGAUGUGAUAGUGUUAAUUUGCCUGUUUGGGCCGAUAAACAAACCAUGCACUCGCAUUGCACGGCACGGCUGAGACAAUAGUUAU